UCUCGAGUUUCUUGGCCGAGAACAGCGACUUUGGGAUUCUGAAUCAGCGACUUUGCGAGUGGGUGAUUGUGGUGGCUGGUUCUGCUCGGUGACCGGGCGAAAUGACGCUAGCGGCUGGAAUCGGGUACGCUCUGCUAGCUUUAGGCCCGUCUCUCUCCCUCUUCGUCUCUGUAAUUUCCAAAAAGCCUUUCUUGAUCCUCACUGUUCUCUCCAGUACAUUGGUGUGGCUUAUAAGUAUGAUUGUGCUGUCUGGAGUAUGGAGGGGUUUCCUUCCUUUGAAAACCACGACAUGGUGGCCCUUUGGAAUACUUAUAUUGACGUCUGUUGCUUUCCAAGAAGGGCUUCGUGUUUUAUUCUGGAAAGUCUACAAGAGGCUGGAAGAUAUUUUAGAUGCUUUUGCUGACAGAGUAUCAAAGCCACAUCUUUCCCUGACAGAUAAGAUGCAAAUUGCUCUGGCCGGUGGCUUGGGUCAUGGCGUGGCACAUGCUGUGUUCUUCUGCCUCAGCCUGUUGACUCCUGCAUUUGGUCCAGCUACAUAUUUUUCCGACAGAUGCUCACAGAUGCCCUUUUUUUUUGUUGCAGCAAUUAUCGCUCUUGCCUUUGUCACGAUUCACACUUUCUCAAUGGUCAUUGCAUUUAAUGGAUACGCAGAGGGGAACAAGCUGGACCAAUAUUCCGUUCCUAUUGUCCACCUUGUCGCAGGGAUGGUGACUCUCGUAAACUUGGCGCCUGGGGGUUGCACUGUUGGAAUUCCUCUUCUAUAUUGCAUUGCAAUGCUGACUUUAUUCCACUGUGGAAGAAUGGUAUGGAGAAGGCUGACAGAAAACCAGAGCAGAUAGGGUCAAUCAUGGCAGUAACCUUUCUAAAAUCUAUUCUCAGUCACUCACUGUAUAGUUGAUUUUCUUCACCACAUUGGUUGGAAUUCGAACAUUUAAGAUGCUAGCUGGUGCUUAAAUUUUAUGGGUAAUGGAAAGUCUUUACUUGAUAUUAA